GCUCGCAGAAGGGACGGGGCGACCGAGUGUGGCUGGGUUCAAAGCUGCAUCCUUUCUGCGCCUGGAGUGGGGCCACGGCACUCUCCUUGCCGUGCAUUCUCCACGACGCCGUCUGCUGUUGCUUUUCCCGCCGGCCCGCCGAGCGGAGGGCUCUGCUGCCAAGUCGUGGCGGCUCCGACGCAGAAGGCGUGGGGCCGCCUCGGUGGGACGGGCGCUCACUGCCCUUCGUGCCCACGGCUCGCGUUCGGCUUACAGUGACAGUUGCUUGAUUAAAUAAGACCUUCUAAGGAUAACAUUCUCUACUCUCCAAAGAUGUCAGCUGUUGCAGUGCUAGAGGAGGUUUUGGUCUCCAUUGAAAAUGAGCUGCAGGCAGUGGAGAUGCAGAUUCAGGAGCUUGUGGAAAAACAGCAAGAACUGGUUCAAAAGAAAAUGAGGGUGAAAAGUCUGAUAAAGCAGUCCUCAGGAGACUCGGAGGCAGGUGGAAGUGAAGCCACUGAAACUUCAGCUGAGGCAUGGAACAAAAAAGACUUUCCAUGGUAUGAGAAGAUAAAAACUGCGUUGCACGGCAAGUUUAAACUCCAGAAGUUUAGGUCUUUGCAACUUGAAACAGUAAAUGCUGCAAUGGCAGGGAAGGAUAUAUUUCUUGUCAUGCCUACAGGUGGUGGAAAGAGCCUUUGCUAUCAGUUACCAGCUGUCUGUUCUGAUGGUUUCACACUUGUGAUAUGUCCUUUGAUAUCACUUAUGGAAGAUCAGCUCAUGGUUUUGGAAAAACUUGGUAUUUCUGCAGCUUUAUUAAAUGCUUCAAGUAGUAAGGAACAUGUGAAGUGGGUUCAUACCGAAAUGCUAGACAGAAAUUCACAGCUGAAGCUCAUUUAUGUGACCCCGGAGAAGAUUGCAAAAAGCAAAAUGUUCAUGUCAAAGCUAGAGAAAGCUUACCAAGCAGGGUGUCUCGCUCGCAUUGCUGUAGAUGAGGUCCACUGCUGUAGUCAAUGGGGCCAUGACUUCAGGCCUGACUACAAAUCUCUUGGUAUCUUAAAAAGACAGUUUCCCAGUGCUCCCUUGAUUGGAUUGACAGCAACUGCCACAAAUCACGUGUUAAAGGAUGCUCAGAAAAUUUUGCAUGUUCAGAAGUGCAUUACCUUUACUGCAUCAUUCAACCGGCCUAAUCUUUACUAUGAGGUUCGGUAUAAGCCUUCAAAUAAUGAAGAUUUCAUUGAGGACAUAGUUAAGCUCAUUAAUGGCAGAUACAAAGGACUCUCAGGAAUUGUGUACUGUUUUUCUCAGAGGGAUUCUGAGCAAGUUACUGUGAGUUUGCAGAAGCUGGGAAUCAAGGCAGGGACUUACCAUGCAAACAUGGAUGCUAAAAAUAAGACCAAAGUUCAUAAAGGAUGGACAACAAAUCAAAUCCAGGUUGUAGUGGCAACUGUUGCUUUUGGAAUGGGAAUUGAUAAACCUGAUGUGAGGUUUGUAAUUCAUCAUUCUAUGAGCAAAUCAAUGGAGAACUACUACCAAGAGAGUGGUCGUGCAGGUAGAGAUGACCAAAAAGCUGACUGCAUUUUGUAUUAUGGUUUCGGAGAUAUAUUCAGAAUCAGCUCAAUGGUAGUGAUGGAAAAUGUCGGGCAAAAGAAGCUGUAUGAUAUGGUGUCUUACUGCCAGAAUAUGAACAAAUGUCGACGGGUCCUCAUAGCUCAUCAUUUUGAUGAAGUGUGGGACUCUGCUAACUGCAACAGAAUGUGUGAUAACUGCUGUACAGAGAACUCAUGUGAGAAAAUGGAUAUAACAGGACACUGCAGGGAUCUCAUUAAGAUACUUGAGCAAGCUGAAAACAUGAAUGAGAAACUUACCCCGCUGAAAUUAAUCGAUGCAUGGUCUGGGAGAGGUGUAACAAAACUCAGAGUGGCUGAAGUUACUCCACCAAGGCACCCUCGGGAGGAACUGGAGAGAAUUGUCACCCAUUUACUGCUGCAGCAGUAUCUGAAGGAAGACUUCAGCUUCACGGCAUUUGCUACAAUAUCCUACCUUAAGAUAGGACCAAAGGCAAGUCUACUGAAAAACGAGGCACAUGUUGUGACUAUAGAAGGGAUAACAAAGAAGAAAAGUGUUUACAAGGACAAACCAUCUCAGUCUUCAAAUUCAAGUGCUCAGACUGUUUCAAAGACUACUCAGGAUUCAGAGGUGAAAAAGUCAGAGAAACAUAAACAGCUUAACUGUGGUUCUGACAUAAAAGCAAAGAAGAUGAAGCAGGUGGAGAUGACUAAACAGUAGUGCUUGACUGAGCUUCACAGACUGCAUUUAGGAUCUAAUCAUGUUUGCUUCUCUGUGGAUAAUGCAAGAUGUAAGUUCAGUUUGUGUUUUAGUAAUGUUACUUCUUGUGCAUUUUUAAAAAUGAAAAGCAAAUAACGAAGUAAGUGUUGUUAAAACUCUCAGGCCUACAGCAGUCUAACAGUCGAGGAAGCAAGGUUUCAUAUCAAAUAGCUUUUGUGUAUCUUAGGAUACAGCAAUGGCUACAAAGUGUCAAUAACUACCCUGCUGUCUUUUUUAACUCUGGAAGCAGUAGUGUAUACCAACACUAUUGCAGGCUGGAAGAGACUUACAGAUCAUCUAGUCCAGCCUCCUGCUCCAAGGAGCCCAAAUAAAAUCAGAGUACUCAGUGCUGUCAGGUAAUUUUUGGCCAUUCCCAAAGAUGGAGAUUCCACAGCCCCUCUUAGCACCUGUUGCAGUGUUUCACUAUCUUCAUGAGUGAAAAAAAGAGAAAAGGACAUUUAUUAGAGCUAAUUUUUAUUUCUUGUGUUGCAACUUGCCUGUUGCCUUUUGUCCUGCCAGUGUGCUCUUCUGAGAAGGAUCUGGCUGCAUUGCAGCUCUGCUUGGCCAUUAGGUAGCUGAAGACAAUCACAGAGUCACAACUGUCACUUCUAGCCCUUGCCUUUCUUCUCUUUUAAUGUGAAAUAAAUUCAGUUCUCUGGUGUUUCUCUCCAGGUCCCUGCUUCUUCUCUCAGAGUACCUAGGCAGCCCUCUGAUAGACUCAAACCAGUGUAACAGUGUGUUUCUCUUCCUGGGAAGUACAGAAUGUCACCCAAUACUCCAGCUGUCAUCUCACAAGUGCUGAAUACCCAGAAAGAGUUUUUAUGCCGCAUUGCUGGUUCUGCUUUUGCAUUACAGCCUACUCUGCAGUUUUUGCAUGUGCUGCAAAGGCACACUGCUGACUCACUUUAGCUUGUUAUCUCCUGGAAACCUGGCUCCUUUUCUGCAAAGCUACUUUCUAAAGCAGUCUGGUCCCAGCCUGUGUGGUAUUAGUCCACUCCAGGUGCAGGACUUCCCUCUUGCCUUUAACUUAAGAGGUGCCUGUCAGACCAUAUGUUCUGCCUAUCUAGGUCCCUCUGAAGAGCAGCCCUGCCCUGCAGUGUGUCAACAGGUUUCCCAGCCUUGGUGUCAUCUGCAGACUGGCUGGAGCACACUCUGUCCUUGUACCUAGACUGUAAGUGAAAACCCUAAAUUGUACAUGUCCCAAUAUUGAUCUGGGAGCAUUGCCGAAAGUAAAUGGCCACCAGCUGGAUUUUGCACCACAGAUCCUAAUUCUUUGAAGCAGGUGGUGUGGAUGACUUUCUGCCUAAGCUGUUGUAUAUUUAUCCAGUCUGUAUCUCACUGUUAUUUGUUAAUUGAAAGGAAACUAUGGGAGAUAAUGUCAAAAGCCUUCUAGAAUCCAGUGGUACCUUCUUUAUUUAUACACCAGCUUGUCCCAGUCUUCUUGAUCAGGUAUGCUUUUACUUCUGCUAGAUCUAUCUGUCUAUUCCCAGUCACCUCCAUGUCUGAAAAUGUCUUCUGGGAGUAUUUGCCUCUUAAGUUUUCUGUGGGUUAUGGUGAAGCUGACUGGUAUGUGACUUGUUAGACCCUUCUCUUUGAAGACAAAUGAGAUAUUUGCCUUUUCCCAGUCAUCAGGAACCUCCCUCCAGCCUCCUAAGCCCUCUUAGAAGUUAUAGCAAUCUUGCAGUGACCUCUGCUAGCUUCCUCAGUGCAGCCUGGCCUGUGCAGUGACUCUCUGUCUGGCCACUUGGCUGAUCUGUAACUUCCACCUUCCUCUAGUUCUUUAAUCCUAUGGACUGUUAGUAGGCCUAGGGAAAUCAGGUCUCAGGACAAACUUUACUGGUGAAAAUGAGUCAUAAAAUAGGAGUCCCUUGAGCUUUCCCAUGUCCUGUCACUAGUUCCCCUACCCCUCUGACCCAUGGGACCAUACUUUCCUUACCUUUUCUUUUACUGCUGACAUACUUAGAGAAGCUUCUUAACUGCUUUUCAUAUUCUCUGCUAGUUCCACCUAACUCCCUCCCUACAUGCUCAGGCAAUGUCUCUGUUCUGGGUACCUUGUACCUCUUGCCUUCUUUUUGUGUUUGAGCUAGCUCAGCUCACUUUUCACCUCUGCUGGGUGGCAGAACCUUUCACACAUAAGGAUUGACUGGUGUUUUAAGGAGGUUGUGGUUUAGAAAUCAAUCAACCAAUUUUGGGAGUUGGAAUUAGACUGAAACUCAUCUUUGCUGUCUUUGUGUUUUUGUGGGAGUUUGUUUGUUUGUUUUUUCUAAAAAGGCAUAAAAUUUAUAUUUGAAGUUGAAUGUUGUCAGAACCUGAGACUGAAUUUGGGAAGCCUAGGUGCAAAGGGAGGGGUGAUAAAAAGAAUGCUUGAGCUGUUACCUUGAUGAGUUUGGAAAAACAUGUGCUGAAAUCCUAGUGUUGGUAACCAACAGAGCCUUUGCUGCUACUGUGAACAUGUUGCUUUCAAUUCUUCUUGUGUUUGGCCAGAGCUGGGAGCAGAACAGCUAGGUUAAGGGAAAAGGCCUGAAGAGCAGCUCUGCUCACACUUCAGUUUCUGAGCACAAAAGUUGCUGGGCUUUGAUUUUAUUUACACUUAACCUUUAAACAGUGAUUAAAUCCAGAAAUGCAGAUGUUUUGGUUGUGCUAUUUAUUAAAAAGAACUUUUGAGCCAUGUGAAAGUUAACAAGUAAGAGCAAGUAUUGCUUUCCCUGCCCCUCAGACUUCUGGAAUUCCCAAUAACUUCUUCAAAACUAGAAGAUGGUUUAUAUUGAUCCUCCUAUUCCAAGAGUUUAAAAUUAUGUUGGAUUAAAGUCAGUAACCAGGAAAUUACCCUUACUCAAAUUCCUCUGAGACUGAUCUCAAUCUAGAACCAUCUGACCUCCCCUCUCUCACAUGGACUUCAAGAAAUUGAUAGAAUAUCUUUGCCAUCUUAACAUUUAACUAAUUACAGAAAAGCUUGGUGAUAUGGAAAGUAUCAUUUUCAUACAGUAAGCAGACUUGAGGAAAGUGCAACCAUGUGGCUUGGCACUGCUCCACAUUCAGACAACAGCAUAAUCACUGAACUGCCUGUGUGGGAAGGGACAUUGAAAAUCUGGUCCAACCUCUAUGGGAAAAGGAUCUUAGAUGGGAUUAUAAGAACUCUUGUGCAGAUGUGUCUUGGAGGCCUCCUAUGAUGAGAACUCUGCCAUAGCCCUGCAGCAAUUGUACUAGUGGCUGAUUGUUGUCACUGUGAACUAUAUUAGGUGGAAAUACACAGCAGCCUGCUCCAUAUGCUCCAGCCAGCUGACAUCAACCAGUGCUGUUGUGUUUGCCUUUCCUUGGAGUGCACUGCACCUGGGUCCUGCUGGAGAUCUGAUAGGAUGAAGCAGUGCAGCUCCACUGCAAUGUCUAAACACCUAGAGUGACAAGCUGUAAAAAAGCUGUUCUCAACUGUGAUGGUUUGGGUGUUACCAGUUCCUCCCCCAUUUUGGAAAUCACUCAGACUAGACUCAGCAGCUCUGGAAAUUGAAUGAAGCUUUAUAUAUAGAGCUUAGCACAAUAUACAAGCAGAUAUUUACAAUAUAUACAGUUAUAUACAGAAAUAUACAAGUUAAAAGAUAAUACAGAAACACAACACCCCUCCCAGAAACCCAGGAGGGGCUCACAACUGCCCUUCCACCUUCUCUCACCCCUCCCCCUCUCUACCUUACCCCAGAUGUUGCCUUGUGCCCAGGGAAGAUAGGAGGGUCAGCCAGAGGGGUUAAGAAGCAGGUGGAUUAGUCACAAAGAUGGCAGGUUAGAUUAGAGGGAGAGAGAAGUUCAGCCCAAAGCCCAGACAGCGACUCUGUGUUAUCUAUGGAUUCUUGUUCUUACACAUUUCAGCAAGUCUAUCAGUGAAGUAGACAUCACCACUGUUUCCCAUUCAUAGCCUGUAAUCUAUUUCUUCUCACCAAAACAUUCUAGCUAGCUUCAGAGUAGCACAAUCCACCCCUAUUUCACUCAGUAUUGCUGAGAAAUCUUCUGUCUAAUCUAAACCAAUAUUUACACUAAUGAAUAUUACAAGUUCAGUUCACACUUCAUUGUGGCUAUCUCAGAUGUAGGUGAUUCAAAAGCUCAGAAAACAGCAGUUUGUCUCCUCACAGAUGAGAUGAGAACAGGGACUCCCUGGUGACACUGGGUUCAUGCUCUCAUACUGUAGAUUCUCUCGUAGAUUCUUUCAUUGGAUGCCAAUAGUAUUUAGAACAGAAAACUCCUAACAGCUUGUAAUAUACACUGAAUUUAAACUCUCUCAGCUAAGGUUAGAUUUCUCUGUGGCACACACUGGAUUUCACCAUUCUCCUGCAUUACCCAGUAGGUGUGACCAGGACCUUCAGCAGACACCACCCCUCGGACAGGUUUCCCUUUGCCCGAAGGAGAAAAUUCCCAAACAGUUUUCCCUAACAGAUUCUUUUCAUGUACAACAGGAACUUUAUCACCGUCUGCUGUUUGGAGCAGAUCUGAUUGUUCAGGGCUCGCGCUGGAAUCGGGCUGUAAUUGGCUGUGGUCUUCACGCCUAGGAAGUGGUAACUCUGCUCCUUGUCUAGCAAGGGUAUAAAUAUUAGGGUUUCCGCUCCUGGGGUUCCCGCCUUGGAGUUCAUUCCCACCUCAGAGAUCGUGCCUGCCUGAGACUUCUCCCCGCCCGCGCCUGGCCUGGAUAAAGAGCCCAGUGUUCUGAAGGACUGCUUCACCCAUCAACACCUUUUGUGUAGACCUUAAAAACCCUUAACGACUCUUCUGCUGCUUCUGAAAGAGAACCCGAGAAGACGAGCAGCAGUCCACCCUUUCAGCCAACCUGACCGUGAGUUUAUUUUGGCUCAGCUUUAUUAUUAAGAAAACACCAUUCAUUUAAUAGCUAAAGCCUUUUCCAACUUCUGACUUUCAAAAUAGUCAAAUUAUCUAUGGUAUCCUGUAGAUUUUCCCAAGCUGAAUCUGGUAAUGAAAACUCAAUUAAUUUCUGUAUAUAGUUUUGGGGGCGGGUUUUUGGGAAAAUAAAAUAACUCUAUUUUUGUAUAAAAA